UGCAUCAUUGAAGGAAAAAAAAUCCGACAUUGGACUUCUGGAUGAUAAUCCAUGGGGAGUUGGUUUGUUUGAAAACAUGGCAAUAGAAGAGGUAGUGUGUGAAGAACCACAAGUUGCUGCUCCCAGUACUGGAAGUUCACAGAGUGCUAACGAAGAAGCUACAAUGUAUGCUAGUGCUGAAUCAAAUGAUGGAAAUCAAAUAGGAAUGCUCUCAUCAGAGGAUAUUGAAGAUUUCUUUGAAAAUGAAAGAAAGAAAAUAGAAUGUGUUACUGAAAGCAGCAUAGAAGAAGAUUUGAAACCUUGUAUGGGGAUGAAGUUCAGUACCAAAGAAGAAGGCCAGCAAAUUUUCAACUUCUACUCCAGUGUUGUUGGUUUCUCUGUUGCUGUUGUCAACAGUUAUAGAACAACAAGUAAGAAACGCAACAAUGAGAUAACUAAAGUUGUUAUGCAGUGCAACAAGCAUGGUAGGACAGCACAAGUUGAUAGAGAGCAAUUGGUACCUCAAAGGAGAAGCACAGUCAUAACAAAGACAGGUUGCAAAGUGGAAAUGCGGAUUACGGAGAAGAACGGAGUUUGGGAAGUUACCCGGUUAAAUCUUGAACACAACCAUGAGCUUUCACCAAAUAGCAGGUUCUUCCGGUCUCACAAGUACAUGUCACCUGAAGAAAAAGACCUCAUAAGGACACUGAAGUACACAAACACACCUACAGGCAAGAUUGUUGAUAUCUUAGCAUAUGUGAGAGGUGGAAUUGGUUGUUUGCCAUACACAAAGAAGAUGGUCAGCAAUUAUGGCACUGAAAUAAAUAAAGAGCUACAGAAUACUGACAUGAUGGAAGUAGUAGAAAUGUUCAACAAGAAACAGGCAGAUAGUCCUGGUUUCUACUAUUCAUUCCAGCUGGACAGUGAUAACAAAGUUAGAAGCAUAUUUUGGUCUGAUCAGAAAUCAAGGUUAUACUAUGAGCAAUGUGGGGAUUGUCUUAGUUUUGACACAACUUUCCUUACAAACAAAUGCAAUCUUCCAUUUGCGCCAUUUGUAGGAGUUUCACCUCAUGGGAACACAUAUUUGUUUGCAUGGGCUUUCAUUGUCAAUGAAAAAGCAGACACCUUCAAAUGGUUGUUUGAGCAAUUUUUGAUAGCAAUGCAUGGUGUUCCACCGGUGUCAAUCAUAACAGAUGGAGACAGAGCUAUGAAAGCUGCAAUAGAGGAAGUUUUUCCAAAUGCUUUCCACAGAUGGUGUCUUUUUCACAUCAAGAAGAAAGCAGAUGAGAAAAUCACUACAGGGUUUCAAGCCAAUGAAGGAUUGUAUGAAGAUUUUCAAGACAUCAUUGACAACUCUUUGACAGUAGAAGAAUUUGAGUCACUUUGGCAGCAAAUGAUUCAGAACCAUGGAGUUGAACAUAUUGAAUAUUUUGGAACACUUUGGGAAAACAGGCAGUACUGGGCACCCGUUUUUUUUCAAAUCAAGGUUUUUCCCAUUUAUUCAGACAACUGCCAGAAGUGAAGGUACUAAUGCUAUCUUCAAAAGAGGUGUUGGUGCAAAAUUUAGUGUGACAAGUUUCAUGAGGGAGUAUCAAAGGAUUCUAGACACCAUACAUGAUAGAGAGGAUGAAUGCGAUCACAGAUCAAGGAACAAGAAAGUUGCUCAGGACAAAUAUUGGUCUAAGUUAUACUUUGAAAGACAAGCACAUCACUAUUAUAACAUUGGUAUCUUCUGGAAAUUUCAAUGGAUUCUACAAGAUAUUACAAGGCUGCAGCUACACGAGCAAGAAAAGGAUAAAAUCUAUGUUGUUUUCCAGGCAGCUAAUUAUCCUCUGAAAGAGCACAAGCCAAGGAAUUUUGUUGUGCUUGUUGAUACAGUUGCUCAAGAGUACUCUUGCAUAUGUUGCAAAUUUCUGAAAGAUGGCAUUCUGUGUUCACACAUUUUGAAAGUUAUGGUUCAUUUGAACAUACCUGAAAUUCCAGAGAAGUAUUUCAUUGAUCGUUGGAGGAAAAAGUCGAUAAAGGUACAGUUGAUCAAAGAGCCAGAGAUACAUGGAGAUAACCCUGCGCUUAUGUUCAAUGUACUGUCGAAAAGGCUUGUUCGAACAGCUUCAACUGCUUCAAAGAAGAAAAGAAAGUAUAGUUACCUUCUGCAAGAAAUAGAUAGUAUAGAGAAAGUUAUGAUUGACAUGGACAAUGAGGAUGCGCAAUCAACAGAUGCAGUAACUAUGACUACAAGGACAGUAACAAAUGUUAGCUCAGGGAAUGAUGGUGAUGCUACAUCUGCUAACAUUGAGCUACAAGACCCAGAUGUUGUUAACACAAAAGGAAGACCUCGGAUGCUUACAAUAAGAGAGGCAAUCAAGCAAAAAAAAAUUACAGUUGCAGUCAUUGUGGUUCUAAUGAGCACACUAUAAAGAAGUGCACAAACAAGGACAAGCACUAUGAUCUACCUAAGCGCAAGAGGUCAAGGCCUAACCCGAUGAAUCAGAAAAAGA